AAGAACCAUUCAAUGUGUGACUAAAUUCACUGCAAAGAACAAUAAUAAUUUAGUGUCAAAAUGGCUCUCCCAGUGAACAGACGUGUUGUAGGAUUGUUAAUAAAUUUCUUUAUAUUCAUACAAACAGUAUGUGGACAGUAUCAAAUACCUGAUGUGACCAUAAGUGCAUUAAAACCGAAAGGAUUUCGCGCGUCAAUACCUGAUGCACCAAACGUCAGUCUGUUUGUCUUCCAAGGGAAUGUGAACCGACCAAUAGGCAGCACUGAUGUCGGGACUAUUUCUGGAGAAGUUCUUCAAGCGAAGGAUGGAAGGUGGACGGUAGAAGAACCAGGGAUAGAACUGAAGAUCGGAGACGUCAUCAAUUACUACGUAGUGGUUACUGCGGACAGAGCUGGUUAUGUCAAGGAUAGACUCAGCUAUACUGUUACAGCUCUUGAAGACCGCACCAGCACCAGCGACUUCACGCCAUCACCACCGAAGCCUACACCGGCCCCUUCAGAAUGCAGACCAACAGCAACCUUAGUCCAAGGCCGCACUGUGUGCGCAGGCCAAACCAUAUUCGAAGAAAACUUUGACAAUUUCCGAGAUGACAUCUGGCAGAUUGAACAGUAUCUUCCUUCUUCGCCGAACUAUCCAUUCGUCUCCUACCAGCGUCUGACUUCAGACCCAACCGUGUCUGUAUCAGACGGCAAGCUCCGUAUCUCCCUCAGCUUGCAACAGCAGCAGCCAGGGUUCACAGCAGACUCCAUUUACACUGGAUCUAUCAACCUGUAUAGGGGGUGCACCUCCUCAGCUGAAGCAUGUAUGAAGCAGGCAUCUGGCGCAGAUAUCUUGCCCCCCAUCGUAAGCGGCAGGAUCAUCUCCAAAGGUUUCGCCUUCACGUAUGGAACUGUCACUGUAAGGGCGAAAAUGCCUCAAGGAGACUGGAUAUACCCAGAAAUUCUCUUGGAGCCAUUCCGCAACAAAUAUGGCAGUCCGCACUACAGCUCUGGAGUUCUACAAAUAGCAUCAGCCCGUGGAAACAAAGAGCUUAGCAGUGGGUCUACUGAUUACUCUAAUAAGGUUUUAUUUGGUGGCCCCAUAAUGGACCUCCAGUGUCACGACACAUUAUUAAGCAGUAAAAUACUGACCAACGAACGCUGGGGAGAUGACUACCAUGAGUAUUCCGUCCGAUGGGCACCAGAAAGAAUAAUACUAUCGGUGGAUGGUGUAGAGUGGGCCAGAGUGGAGCCUACAGCGAGUGGGUUGCGCGGUCGCUUCCCUGCGCAGUGCACGCAACUCCCGCGAGACUUGCUGCAGUUCGGAUCCAAAAUGGCACCGUUUGAUGACUAUUUCUACAUCACGCUGGGAGUGGGUGCAGGAAGCAUCACCGAGUUUCCUGAUGGAGUGAAGACAGCGAAUGAUCGUCCAAAACCAUGGAGUAACCCUGGGAGGAAGGCCCUCCUCAACUUCUGGCAGGACAUGGACUCCUGGUUUCCGACCUGGAACCAGCCUCAAAUGCUCGUAGACUAUGUAAAAGUCGUCGCCCUGUGAUACCUAAUACCUAUUUGGCCAAAUACUUAGCUGCGUAUAAUCUGAAAUAGUUUAAUGUUGGAACUAAUCAGGAACAUUUGUGUCAAACCGAAUUGGAUCCUUUUCAUAUAAUAUUUUUGGAAUAACUUUAACUCGCAUAAGUAUACUAGCCCAUUGAUUAGUUACAUUAUCGUGGCAUUCAGACACGAAGGAUUACCUACCUAUGUAACUUAAAGUUUCAUUAACAUGGAAAAGAAAUGCCUAUGACUAAUGUAAAAAAAGAACUAACAUUAUGGCUAAAAACUUUAUAUGAAAUUAAAACCGAAGUUAUGCAAAAACAAAAAAAACCUACUAUUUAUAAGUUCUUAUAUAAGUGAACAUAGAAUUUAUGAGACUGCUAAUGAAAUUGACCUAUAUUGUAAGAAAGCUAUUUUAUAUAUUGUGGGUGGGUUCAGCUGUCGGCUGUCUCGUACGGGAGUGAUUUUGUUUGAAAACUCGCCAUAUAUUUUUUUACGUAUUUUAAUAAGUAUAGUAAAUGACAAAAACAAGCAUGUCUUUUAUUUGCUGGAGUGUGA